AUGUGUGCAGUACAAAGCGCCAAUAAACGUACGGAUGGUAGCCUAGAAGAUGAGAAUGUAGCUGAUAUAAAAAAACUUCAAAGUGUUGGAAUAUGUACGAUAAAAGGAAUUAUAAUGACCACGAAAAAAAGAUUAUACGAUGUGAAAGGUCUUUCUGAAGCAAAAGUUGAUAAGAUAAAAGAAAUUGCUGCGAAACUUACGAAAAUUGGUUUUGUAACCGCGCUCGAAGUAUGUGAAAGACGCAAGUUAUGUUUUCGUGUAUCAACUGGAAGUCGUGAAUUGGAUAAACUGCUUGGCGGAGGAAUCGAAAGUCAAUCAAUCACUGAAGUUUUUGGUGAAUUUAGAACUGGCAAAACACAGUUAUCGCAUACAUUAUGUGUAACUUGUCAAAUGCCAAACGAUUCAGCUUCAUUCAACGGUGGGAAAAUUAUUUAUAUUGAUACUGAAAAUACAUUUAGACCAGAUCGAUUGCGUCAAAUUUGUGAACGUUUCGAUAUGGAUCAAGAAGCAAUGCUAGAAAACAUUCUUUAUGCUCGAGCAUAUACUUCUGAUCAUCAAAUAGAAUUGCUUGAUUUCGUAGCUGCCAAAUUUCAUGAGGAAUUGGGGAUUUUCAAGCUUCUUAUUAUGGAUUCCGUGAUGGCUUUAUUCAGAGUUGAUUAUAGUGGACGUGGUGAAUUGGCUGAACGCCAACAAAGGUUGGGGCAAAUGAUGUCACGUUUGCAGAAAAUUGCUGAAGAAUAUAAUGUGGCAGUAUUUAUAACCAACCAGAUGACUGCUGAUCCUGGUGCUGCGAUGUCUUUCCAAGCAGAUCCAAAAAAACCAAUUGGAGGUCACAUUUUAGCUCAUGCGUCUACAACAAGAAUUAUGCUCAAGAAGGGUAGAGGUGAAACUCGUAUUGCAAAAAUAUACGAUUCGCCAGAUAUGCCUGAAAAUGAAGCCUUGUUUGCCAUUACUCCUAUGGGCGUAUCUGAUGCAAAGGAAUAA